AGCACUUUAAUUAGAAACUCUUUCACUUUUCCCAACUUCACUUCUUUUUUUCUUCUCAAAAUUGUUUCUUUGACUAAAUUCAGAAAAAAAACUGAAUUCAUUCUCUUAAUGGCAAAUUCUCUGUGUUUCACACCUUUAGCUUCAUUCAACUCUGUCAAUAAACCAGGUCUAAAUCUGAUUAAUGGGAAUUGCACUGGAGGAAAGAUUCAAUGGAUCAAAGAUGUUACCUACAGCUCCAAGAGUAACUUGAGAGUUGUGGAAGUGAAGGCCACUGACAGUGAUAAAGACACGAAAGUAAGGAGCAUAGUCUGUCAAAAUUGUGAUGGAAAUGGUGCAGUGUCGUGCUCACAGUGCAAAGGCUCUGGGGUUAACUCUGUAGAUCAUUUCAACGGGCGGUUCAAAGCUGGUGGACUAUGUUGGUUGUGCAGAGGUAAAAAAGAUGUGUUAUGUGGUGACUGCAAUGGUGCUGGAUUUCUUGGUGGAUUUAUGAGUACGUUCGAUGAGUAGACUUCAUAUGCACUAUUCUCGGGUAGGUUCAGAGGCAGAUCCAAAAUGUACACUUUGAUGGGUUCAAUCUUUAAAAAUUUUGCAUUGAACUCAUUGUAUCUUUGAGAUUAUGAAUUCAGAAUUUAAUAUUUAUUGAAAUUUCAGUUAUUUUUCA